AUGGACACAGUGCUGGAGCAGUUCACAGGACUGGAGUCCUUUCCCUCCCCUUACUUCAAUGAGGAUGACUUCUUCACCGACCAGUCCUCCAGGGACCACUUGGAUGCAGAUGACUUCUUGGAAGAUGAUGUGGACUUCUUGUCUGGUCAGAUUCAGGACUACUAUAAGGACAGCCGGGCGCUCAAUGGAGAGGACUACUGCGAUGCAGGCACCUUCUCCUUCUCCUCCUCCUCCUCUGGAGGCUUCCCCUAUGACAGUGGGGAAGGGGGAUAUGACCUGUCCCCAGGGAUGAAGGGGUGCGGCUCGGCUGUGAAGCGCAGAAGGAGGCUCAGGUCUGACACUGAGAUGCAGCAGCUGAGGCAGGCAGCCAAUGUCAGGGAGCGCAGGAGGAUGCAGUCCAUCAAUGAUGCCUUUGAGGGGCUCAGGUCUCACAUCCCCACCUUGCCCUAUGAGAAGAGACUCUCCAAGGUGGACACCCUGCGCCUGGCCAUCGGCUACAUCAACUUCCUCAGCGAGCUGGUGCAGUCAGAUCUCCCACUCAGGAACCCCAGCACAGAGAGCUCCCUGCAGCCUAAGAAAGUCAUCAUCUGCCACAGAGGAACAAGGUCCCCAUCUCCCAGUGACCCAGAUUUCGGGCUGCCCCCUCUGGCUGGACAUUCUCUUUCAUGGACUGAUGAAAAGCAACUCAGGGACCAAAAUAUUGUCAGAACAGCUAAAGUGUGGACCCCUGAGGACCCCAGGAAACUAAGCAAAUCAUCCCUAAAUAACAUUGAGAACGAGCCCCCCUUGACUAUGUGUCUGGACAUUUAA